AUGGAGAAAUCAACAACGCCAACGGCCAACGUCAGCAACGAGGUCAACAUCACCCUUCCUCCCGCCACACACCCCAACAUCCAAUACGCCAUUUUAUCCGCUCAACAGGUCCGAUUACUAAGAGACCGCCUUGAAGCCGAAUUACCAUACAGUCUGCCACUAUUACGGAGAUUAGAGUUCGAAGACGACCAUCCCAGUGGGAAGGAUGCAAAGGUCUUUGCAGCUAAGGCUGUCGACCAAGAUGCAUCACCGACUGAGAAUGAACAUGACAAUGCCGACCAGGACCAUACGAAAACAUGGCUCGACGCAUGGCUCAUGAGCCAUACUCAUACCGAAACCCAUCCCUCACCACCCUGGCUAGCCGCGCACAUCGACCUCGCCAACCAAGGCCAAACUCAAGUCUUUUUGUAUUCCAGCGGGUCAAACCCAGCCUCGGGAGAGUUUACAUCAGCGUUACAAAAAGAAGGUGCUCGUUUCCUUGAUGGAUCUUUUGUCUUUGAAGACUCUCAACCUCCAUCCCCCUCCCCUUCCUCUCCUCUCCAUCCCCAUCUCAUAUCCACUUUAUUCAACUACAUCCACCAGACCCUCAUCCCCUUACUCCCCUCCACACCAUCCCCCGACUGGUUUGAAUUAAAACGGACCGGAAAAUAUCUCUCUACACCAUACGACCGAUCAAAAGUCAUUUUCGGAUCCAUUCAUGAAUCCAUGUGGCCGUAUUUUCUUUCAUAUACUUCCGCGAUUACACGUACGGAUACUGGGUAUUGGAAAUAUAUUUUUGAAAUACCAAUACCAAAGCCGAGGGCGAGAUCGAGAUCGCAAGAUCCCACCCUUCCAACCUCCUAUCACAUCUCCAACCUCACACCCACCCACCUCCAAACCGCACUCGACCGAACCCCUAUCCCACGAACAUUGGAAACACUCCGCCAAUUCACCAGUGCGGGGAUUUUUCACCUUGACGAACCAAAUCCAGUGAGUUGGGGGUUUUUGUCCAAGGAUCAAAGUAUUUCCAGUUUACAUACUGAAGACGAACAUCGGGGAAAGGGUUUGGCGGGAUAUGUGGCGAGGGAGUUGUUGAGGAAGGCGGCAGCGGCAGCGGCGGCGGCGGCGGCGGUGGGGAAGGAUGAGGAUGAGGAGGGAUGGGAGGAAGAUGAGAGGGAGAGAAGGAUGAAUGAUAUCUAUUAUGGUCAUGCUGAUGUAUCGGAGUCGAAUGUUGGAAGUAGAAGUGUAAUGGAGAAAUUGGGCGGUGUGCCGAUGUGGAAAACGGCGUGGAUGGAAGUUAAUUUGAGGGAUGUUUUUGAGAAGAAUUAGGGAUGAG